CGGCGGACAUUGCCGAAGUAGUGCCUGGAACAUCGAACUCUAAUUGGUUGAAAAAGCUCAGUGCUUGUUAGUAAUUGCAGCAGCUUUGUACCACUCCGGGAGAGAUCUCUGGCGUCGUGUGGCCGAUUUCAGGAACAACUAAUAUCCAUUACCACAGCGUAAUUUUUAGAAAUGGCUAGUUCUGAUGUCGAUCCGGUUUCUGCCCCUAGUCAAGCGGGGAUUCGACAGAGUUUGGAUGAUUUUUUAGUAUUUCUUUACAACCGCGAUACUGGUGAGGUGUGUGGACGAACUGGUAAAAGCUGGGCUUUGAUCACCAUCUUCUAUGUAAUAUUCUAUGGAUUUCUUGCUGGUUUCUUUACUGCCACGAUUGCUGUCUUUUAUACUACAGUAGAUGCUCAAUUUCCAAAACUUCAAGGAAAAUCUAGUCUUCUUAAGGGGAGUCCAGGUUUGGGAUAUCGACCAAGACCUAACUAUGAAUCAACCCUCAUCCGAUUUACUAAAGGGGAUGAAAGCAUGAAACCAUAUGUUGAGAACAUUAAGGAUUUUCUUCAGCAAUAUAAUGCAUCUAAAUACGAUUUAGAUUAUGAAAACUGUAAUGCUAUUAGUGGUGAAAGGGAGACAAACAAAGACAAACCCUGUCUGUUUGAUCCUCACUCCUUGAAUGCCCCUUGCUUAGCUGAGCCAGAUUAUGGUUACAGGUCAGGCACCCCUUGUGUUCUUCUUAAACUGAACAAGAUCUACGACUGGAUUCCAGAGCCAUUUGGCAAUGACUCAGUGCCAGAAGAUGCUCGUGACAACUGGGAUAGUUCUUACAUUACUGUAACUUGUCGCGGUGAAAGAUCCACAGACAGGGAAAAUAUUCGUGAUAUCAACUAUUUUCCGAAAUAUGGCUUCCCAAUCAAAUACUUCCCCUACCUCAACCAAAAGGGCUAUCAUGCUCCCAUCGUAAUUGUUGAGUUGAAAGUUAAACGUGGAAUAUUACUGAUGAUUGAAUGUAGAGCUCAUGCCCAAAAUAUCGUUGUUGAUCGAUUAGAAAGGCAGGGUGCUGUUCAUUUUGAACUUCUUAUUGAUUAAGUUGGUCCAUUAAAAAAAAAAAUAAAUAAAUAAAGUAAUAAUAAUAAUAAAAAGAAAGUUAAAAAAAAGCCACCGAUAAAAACCACUUCAAAAAA